CAUUCUCAUAAUGAAGGCAGCUCAGCCACCAAAGGAACAGGGAGUAUAAACUCAUCAGUGCAGAUUUAUAGACCAAUAAUCACAUCAAAUAAACUGAAGACUGAGCUAGAGUUCAUUACUGCCCUGAGAGCUGGUCAAGUAAACACAAAGGAGUCAAUCUUUCACUGGAACCACCUGAGGAGAACAUUUAAGACUGCACAGUGACGGAGGCCGUUGAACGAAACCAGACCAGAAGAAGGUUAACUUAGAAGAACAAGUGCUGUAAGAUGUCAUUGCACCCCAGAGUGGUCUUCAAGCGGAGAGAGACCAUCACAGAUCUGCCUCUCUACUACUCUGGACGCCUGCAGAAGAAAAGCUCCAAAGAGAAGGAUUUCAAGAAAUUUUACGGAGAGCUCCGAGGAACCACACUGUUUCUGUAUAAAGAUGACACACAGGAUACAUACACAGACAAGAUGGACCUGGAGAAGUUGAAGUCCAUGGAGCUGGAGAGUGCCUUUCAGCCGAAGGUGCCGACAAUCUUCACUCUCUUCCUACACACAGAGGAGGUCCAGCUUAAGAUGGACAAUCUUGAUGCAGGAAUGGAGUGGAGGGGAUACAUCCUGACUGUCACCAAAAAAGAGAUUCCCAGUAAGAUGCGGCUUCUGCCCGGUCAGAAACUGCAGCUUGAGGAGGUUCUGGCUAAGGAGAGGAAAAGAAACAACCCGACACAGCGUCCACCUCUUCCACCCCGACCCGCCUUCCUGCAGUCAGCCUCCUCCUCCCCUCCAGCGCCCAAAGACGAGCCUGACCUCACCUCUUCAGAGAUGCCAGACUGUUUCUUUAACGUGUCUCGAAGCACGGCUGAGCAGAUGUUGGAGGAGAACCCUGAAUAUGGAAGCAUUAUCCUCCGCCCAUCAGCUCUGGCCAACAACUACGCCCUCACCCUCAGGCAGCAGAAGCAAAGUGAAGGUAUCAUGAAGAACUACAGAGUGACCGCCACAAACUCAGGCUUUGUCAUUGAGCUGGAUGAUCCUGUGACAGUCUCCUCCCUGAACAAUGUGGUUAAUUACUUCCUUGAGAAGACGGAGUAUCGUCUGCAGCCCUACAGAGCAUUUCAGCCCUAUGACACUCGAAUUGAUGUUUCGCACGCUCCAAAGUGUAUCAGCAUCACUUCAACUCAUCCUAAAGAGGUACCAAAGGCCCAGGUGGCCCCUAUGCAACGUUCAGAGACCAAAGAAGAGUUUUCUCCCCCUCAGAGCAAACCAGAGGAGGGGGAAUACAUGGUUCCAGAUGACAGCAGACCUGAUGAUCAUAACCUGAAGAUGGAUGAACUGGAUGGAGAGCUACGGAAAGUUUUGAAACUACGGAGGGAAAACAUCUAUGCUGAAAAUAACGAGGAGGAAGUUGUGACUUAUGAAAAUCAAACCACCAAAAAGGCCUCCCCAAGAACAGCAACCUGGAGUAAAAACAGUUCUGUAGCGUAAGCUCUGUUCGGUCUCUCACAGGUCUGCUGAUUUCAAGUUUUUUUCUUGUAACAUCUUUUACAGAGUUAGAAUUGUGCGGUGGUUUAAUUCAAAUGGGAGGGGUUGUUAUUUCCAAAGCAGGGGUAAAAACCAACUGGGGAACGCUGGACAGGCUUUUCUCUCUUUACACCUGGGACACACCUAAUCACAGGAGCUCGUCUUUUCAACUCAAAACUGUUCCCGUUUCAGAUUUCCGUUGUUUAUAUGUAUA